AUGGAAACGGAUGUUCUAGAAAUCCGACUUGGAGUUCCGAAACGAAAGCGGCUGAAGGCUGACGCCGUGCCCACAAUAUUUCCGGAACCAACUCGGCCGCGGUCUGCUGAGGUCCAGUCCACCAGCUUCACUGAAGCCAGUGCAAGUGACGUGGAAAGGAUGGAAUCAGCAAGCGAUGCGGGUGAAUGUUUCAGCCUACAACAAUCCAUGUCAUCAGCGGGUCCGGAAAAUGUGCUAGUGCUGGAUGGACUGCCCCUUGAACCAUUUGUGCCCUACCAGAUAGUCAGCCAAUAUGGGUUCCAUUACACAUUAGUACCGCACAAGCCAGAAUCUGUAGCGGAAAGGGUUCAGGACAAGCAAACACAAACAGCUAUUCCGACAUCCACGCUUGGUAAUAUUGUAAUAUCAUUUACAGGGAACAGACCUUUUACACACGUAGCCUACUACCAAUUUGGUUUGCAGGCACUCAAACUGGGUUCCACAUGCAAAGUAGGGAAAGCCAGACAGGCAUGAGCCUUCCCCCUUCCAGCUCCCUUCUGUUGACAUCAUCUGAACUAGCAACUUGGUGUCCAGAAGACAGCAACAUUGAAAGCGUGGAGGUCUCUGCAGGACAGGCUUCCAUGCAGCAUAUAGGUGCACCAGCAUUUGAGGAACUGAUGCCGACAGAUAUGCUUUA